AUGUCUGCCAUGUUCUCCCCUGCCCUAGCAAGCCCUCGGGGCCUGGAGGCCAACCGGCACCAGUGUUGCCUGGUUGACUGCCGUGGAGCUUUCCCGGGCAUCAAAGUGCGGGACGUGAUGCCCAAGACCCUCGAGGGGCAGCUCACCAUGGAGAAGACCCCCAGCUACUUUGUCACCAGUGAGGCCCCCCAGCGCAUCCACGCCAUGGCCAAGGAGACCAAGCUGAUCGUGGUGGUGCGCGACCCCGUGACGCGGGCCAUCUCCGACUACACCCAGACCCUCUCCAAGAAGCCGGACAUCCCCACCUUCGAGGUGCUGGCCUUCAAGAACCGGACGCUCGGCCUGAUCGACGCCUCCUGGAGCGCCAUCCGCAUCGGGAUCUACGCCCUCCACCUGGAGAACUGGCUCCAGCACUUCCCCCUCUCGCAGAUCCACUUUGUCAGCGGAGAGCGGCUCAUCGAGGACCCGGCGGGGGAGAUGGCCAAGGUGCAGGACUUCCUGGGCCUCAAGCGGGUCGUGACGGAGAAGUACUUCUACUUCAACCAGACCAAGGGCUUCCCCUGCCUCAAGAAGCCCGAGGACAGCAGCGCCCCCCGCUGCCUCGGCAAGUCCAAGGGCCGGACUCACCCCAGGAUAGACCAGAGCGUCAUCCAGAGGCUGCGGAAGUUCUACAAGCCCUUCAACGUCAUGUUCUACCAAAUGACGGGCGAGGACUUCCGGUGGGAGCAGGAGGAAGGGGAGAAGUGAGGCCGGGGCCUGCCGGGGAUGCCGCCUCCUAUCCAGAGCUCAGAAUCUGCUUGAAGCUGGAGAACCGUCUGACUUCCCUAAGCCUGAGAUCCAUGACCCGUACUGCCACC